CAGUAUUCCUUAGGUCCCCUCCGCGGACCCCCUCGCUUUCUUCCUACUCGUCGAAUGACCACCACUAUCACCACCAUCACCCCACCACCUGCGACCUAGACUAUGCGGUCCUUUAAUCCCUUCACUGCGGUGACCGGGAGAUACACCCUCUUCGAGAUUCGGCUCGACAACGAUUUUAUUGUUUUCCGGGGUGAUGAUCACGAGGCCUCUGGCCAACUGCUCAAAGGCACAGUCGUGCUUUGCCUGUCCUCGCCGCUCAGGCUUGAAGACAUUCAUUUGAAGCUAAUAGGAACUGCUCACUAUGCCUGGACCGAUGCAAAAGUAACAGCCACCGGGAUAUCCACCCAAAAGGUCGACAAGACUGUGCCGUUCCUCGACCAUCGGUGGUCCCCAUUCGAAGGGAUCGGUGCACCAGACCCAACAGACAGUUCCCGUCUGCAGACCAAGGGCGUCACACUCCCGCCUGGAAACUACGAAUGGCCGUUCGAGCUGCUGCUCAAGGGCGACACCACGGAGAGCGUCGAGGGUCUGCGCGAGGCAGGCAUCAGGUACAAGCUUAAGGCGACAGUGGCGCGAGGCAAACUCGUGCACGACAUCCAUGCUUACAAGCAACUGCGCGUCAUCCGAACCCUCGAAGCAUCGGCGCUCGAAUUUCUGCACGCCAUGAGCAUCGAGAACAUCUGGCCCAACAAGAUCGACUACUCGAUCGUCGUACCACAAAAGGCAGUCGUUUUUGGCAGCUGCAUCCCGGUGGAAAUGAGGUUCACGCCCCUACUCAAAGGUCUCCAACUCGGCGACAUCAAGAUCCACCUAGCCGAGAUCCACGAGAUCAUCCUGCACUCGACGCCGAGCCAUAACGUGAGGGAGCACAAGAAGGAGAGGACGAUUGACUCGUGGACAAUACCGGUCACGAGGGAGGAGCACUGGCAGGAUGUGAUUCAGGGUACUGGCCCCGAGGGCUGGGAGGGCCAGGAGGGUUGGGUCAUCAACACGUCCCUGACCUUGCCUAAGAAGUUGACCAAGUGUCUUCAGGAUGUGAACGCCAAGGGGAUCAAGAUCCGGCACAAGCUGAAGCUCGUGGUGGCGCUCAAUAACCCUGACGGCCACGUUUCAGAACUGCGUGCGACGUUGCCUGUGUCGAUAUUCAUCUCGCCCAACAUGCCGCUUGACGAAAACGGCGACCUCGUACGACAGCUACCCAACGGCGCGUCCCGAGAAACUGGCGCUAUGGCGCCGCCGGCGUACGAGCACCAUCGCCUUGACCAGCUAUAUGACGACAUUGACCCUAUAAGCCUUAAUUCGCCCAUCGGCGGCCGGUCGGGGGUUAACAGCCCGUUCCCCGGCCAUUCGAGGACAGGGUCGACCGAGAACAUUCCGGCGCUCCUGCAGGGCGCGGCCAUCCAACCGGACCUGCUUGCGCAUAGGCUGCACAGCAUGUCCUUGGAGGAUCGGCAUAGGAACAUGUCCUGGAACUCGAACCUUUCUGCGGCGGGAGCGGCGGUGAGGAAUGACAGCUCGCCGCACCCGGGCGAUGAGAUGCACGCAUCGCCCCCAAUGUCAGCGCCGCUCACUCGGCACAACAGCAACGACGGGCAGUCAGGAUCCAACACGCCGCCCGAGCACCUCGACUUCCCGGACACCACGGAGCUCUCCAAAGUACCCAGUUACCAGACCGCCGUCAGGACUCCCGUCAGGCCGCUGGUCUCGGAAGUGUUUGGGCUUCCAGACUACCAAGCAGCACUAAGCACACCUAGCUCGCCACCGGGUACCCCUCGGCUAACGCCCAUCACGCCAAUAACUGACAGUUUGGAACCUAUGCUUGGCGCCGCACCCGCACGGGAAACGGUCCCGACCCUGGGACCGGCACCGGCACCGGCUCCGGCCUCGGCUCCAAUUACUGCUCCCGCCUCAAGGGAGCCCAGCCCGCCGGCCCAGAGCCGCAGGCCAACCAUGCCCCACCGGCGGCAGUUCUCGUCGGGUUUGCUUCAAACCGUCCGCAGCAUCGUCGGAGAGGGGGAUGAGGGGCGCCGACUACACUUGCUCCAGGCACGCAGCGGGUAGAGUGGGGCGGAACGUCUUUGGGUCUCCUCGGGAGAGGGACCAAUCGCACCCGACUGACUAGUCGGGGGCUGUGUAUCAUUGUGUAUUAGGUGCAUACGGUUUCCUUUUUUUCCUUUUCUUUGGUUCGGAUGACAUUGCAUGACUGGGAGUUUCUUGGGGGCCGACGGAGGCUUUAGGUUGCUUUUCCUUGGGUUAAGAGGCUG